AUGUUGCAGCAGGCUGUUUCUUAUGUUAUUUCUAGCUUGGCAAAAAUAGGAGACAUUAAUGCGUGCAAUGUUGAAUCGUCUCUCAGGGAGCGGACGUUGCGCAUCCGGGACAUGUCACUUCGACAAGAUACUUUGAACACCUUUCUUCCCUUCACUAUACAAUGCGGAAAGGUUGGCGAUCUGCGCGUAAAAAUUCCAUGGCCAGCCUCUAAUGAGCCGCUGCUUUUGUGUUGUGAGGGAAUGGCCUUUACAUUGAAUGGCGAGACUUCACAAUCUUGCACAAAAGAGAUGACGAGGGAGGAGAUACGGGGUGGUAUUACAGAAGAAAGCAUUCUCGGAACCGUAGUGACGUCUUCUGUGCCUGUCAAUUCUCAUGAAGAGCAGAGAAGUGCUGCACCGUUGGCGUCCGAGGAAAACUCUGAGGAGCGUGAAACAUCGUGGUCGGCGGCAUUGGAGGAUGAUGAUUACAUGUCAUGUCAGAGUGUCAGUAACACUUCAUUUGCAUCUUGCGAUUCUCAAGAGGAUUUGGCAUCCCUUCCACAGAAUGGAAAAGGUUUUUUUUCGUUUCUUGUCAAUGCCGCCAGUCGUUCUGUGUCGUGGGUCAUGAAUCGACCCAUUCACGUGCAGUUGAAGAACCCCUGUGUUGUGUGGCCGUGCGAUUCACAUUCUGACGUGGGCUUUGAGAUUACGGUGAGCGAGAUCAUGGUGAAAAUUGAGCCUACAUUAGAGGCCGGUGCUGAGCUUAUGAAGGUUAUCGUUAUCACCUUCAGUGGGGUUGCCGUGUGUGCAAAUGCUGCUAAGGAGCAAACGCAAAAGAUUGUGGAAAUUGAUCAUCUCAGUAUACGCAUUACCUCCGUGUACAGUUCUGCAGGUAUUCUCUGUCGCAAGAACGUUGCCAUUGUUUUUGACGGCGUAUCCUCGUUGUUUUUUGAUGAGGAUGCAUUGCGGUCUCUCACAAGGUGCGCCGUGAGCCAUGGGAUCAUGAAAGAGGUUCCUGAGUAUUGCCGUCCGUUUUAUAAGCUGCGUUCAUUGAGUUCACGUUGGUCCUACGCCAAGAGUUGUGUCUUCGCUUUUAUACGGGACAGGAGGAGGCGUUACAACUUUAAUUCGUCGCACCUUCACUUCUACGCCGAAGCCCGCACGUCGUAUCUUGCGCUCUUGGAUUACUGCCAUCGCACACGGGACAUUGCGGAAAAGAGGGAGCAAUUGGCCGACAUUGAGGGUGAUAUUCGCUAUCGUGAUGUGGUGUUAUUUUUGAGGCGCAAGGUUCAAGAGAGAUACUCCACGACGGUACUUGCUGGCAGUACAGGGGCGGGUGUGACACCGCCGCCGACGCAGCCUUCAGAUGCUCGUCAAUUCGUUGUUGUCUCGUCUCUUCACGUGGACGCGAAAAUUACGUGCGUGCGGUUGCCUGCUGAAACAACGGUGUGGCUGCGUGAUGUCGCGUUUGUGAAGCGCCGCGGGGAGUCCAAUUUUUCGGUUGGGAAUGUCACAUUGGUUGCGGGGGGAAAGUCUCAGCUGCUACGGGCGCCGGAUUCCGGGGAACCGUUUUUUUCUCUUCAGCAAACCGAAAGCAAUGGCAUGACUUUUGUCAGGACGACGUUAGAAGCAUUGCGUUUUAUCACCACAUCUAAUUGGAUGCUGCAAUUGGUUCAGCCUAUCAUGGUUGCCAUGCCACACGUUCUGCGGGCGAUUCCAGAAACAAAUUGUAAUGCACCGGAGACUAAAUUGAGUAAUCGAUGUGAAAAAACCACAAGUUUUGUUUUCCCAUUGAUAGAUUUUCAUGUGGAUGAUUUGCGGUUUCAUUUGAAGCAACUAUCCCUGACGCAUAUAGAGCGAACAUCCGGUGACUCACGUGUGGGUCUUUUGAUGAAGGAAUUGUCUGUGCGUUUUGGCGAGGAAACGGACGUGCUAUCACCCAUGAAGGUGGAAAUGACUGAAGAGGAGGAUAUCUUGGUGUCUGCGGUGACGUUAAAUGUAUCGAAUGCGCUGUGGGAGUAUUUGUACCACGUUCGAACUGAGUGGAACGAUGCCCUACUACGGGUUAGUAACAUGCCAGGCUUUGUAUCAAGAGUGCAGUCAACAACGGGUAAAACACAGAUAAAAAAGUCUUUCGCAGAGGUGUGUUGUGAGGCUGAAUUAAAAGAGGAGUUUAAUUCCGCGCUAAAAUUACAGCGGACAUAUCUCUUGGGUGUCGUUAUUACUUUUGAACCCUUAAAUCUCAGUAUGCAGCUGGGAACUAUGAAUAUGUGGAGAGGGGCACAAACGUGUGGUUUUCCUUCGGUGCAUGCGAACAUAUCAUCGUUUGAGUUUUCAACAGAUCAUGUGGAAGGAGGUGUAUUGACGGUGACGUGUCCUAGCGGCAUUUUAUACUCAAAAACAAGUUCAACAAGUGACGCUUCACGUGUGAAUGUGUCGAUAGGGGUACUGGAAUCAGUAUGGAAGGCGUCUUCCACAAGAAAUUUAUUGCAUAUUGAUGCUAUGCAAUUCCAUGUAUAUGGCGAUGCAACGUACUGCUCCGCUGAAACGCUUCGGUUCUUGGAUGCUCUGACAUUUGCCCCAAUAAAGUGCUUUUACUGCCGCCAGUUAAGUUCAAUUCCAACAACCGCACGACCGUAUCUUGCGUCCUCUUUGCAGGUCUCAGUGUGUCUUGCGGAGGUCUGUAUGCAACGACUCAUUUUUUUGGAAUUAGAUUUGUUGGGAACUUUGAUAAAAGAUUACGCCACCUUUUUUGUGAACAACCUUGUGCCUACAGAAGCAUACCGACUGUUUUUUAGUGGUUUUAGCAAUUUGGCCUUCGUCAUGUACGCUUCUUCUUGUGCAGUUAAGUUUGGCGGAGAUGAAGCUUUAAUGUGCCGAGUGAAUAUGCCCUCAAUAAAUGGUGGUGCGGGUGCGCCACUUGUGAAUUUUGGUGAACUUCUUCCUGAGCUACGGGAGGCAUCACCAUUGACGUUGAUCAACGUUUGUGAAAAGCUUUUAGCGGAUAUAAGUAUGCCCCAUCUUGAGGUGGAAGUGUUUCACCACCGAUUUAUGUCCAUUGGUCUCUGCGCAACUGUUUCUUCCUUCACAGCCACGCUACCCAUUGCUGUAGAGGACUUUUGGGAUGACGCCGUACACGCGGUAAAACGCUCACCCGCUGAAUGCACUGCUCCUUCGAUUAAAUUGAAUGUGGGCGAUAUGAUCCGGCUGGAGGUUGAAGGGGUGAAAUAUGCCCAGCAAUCUGCUCCCUUUCCCGAGGAAUUAAGUGGAGUAUUUAGUGAUUGCGACAUGGAUAGCGACACAUCAGUUGUGGCCUGUGAGAAGUACACUCACGCAGUGGUGAAGAAUUGGAACGUGCAUCUCAAAGGGGUUUCUGAAGCGGAUGCCGUGAAAGAAUUGUUGGGAUUAUGGAUGGAACUUCGGCACAUGAUGAAUUCAAUUCAAAGGCGGAAUGUAGUGAACUGCACUUUGCUACGAGGUGGGCAUUAUAAUUUGGACCGGACCGGUCCGUGGUUUUUUGACUCUCCAGGCGAAAUGGUUUUGGUGGAAGACUGCACCUUUCUUUCCUGCACCUCAGGAAUGCACAUGGUGGUCUGCAGUGGGACCCAUGUGUGCUUUCGCCGAUGCCACUUUUCUUCUUUUUUUCAGCAUGCCAUCACUGUUGAGGACGAAUGUGCCUCUUUUGUGUGCGACAACUGCAUUGGAGAGGAUUUCGGCGGCGAGUCAAACGCGACCGGCGCUCAGGCGGAGGUGGAGAAGAAAACGGUGCAAAAAUUUUUAUUUUCUUUUCAUCGCGGUGCUGUAUGCUUAACACUGCGCGAUGAGUGCAGACUCACCCUGAAUCUCUCAACGGUGGAUCUGCGUUUUUUCACAUGCUUCAAGAAAACCGUCUCUCAUCUGCGCUUGCAACGGGGACGGCUUGAAUUUAUGGAAAAGGGGGCUCUACACGGUCUGGUUUCUCGUAUGGAUUUAGACUUGGAUUGGACGCUGAGGCACAGGGAUGACUACGCAACAUUGAGUUCAUCCUUGCGAGUAGAGAGUGUGAGUAUACCCGUUUUGUUGUUUGGCACAAUGCGUUGCCUGAGAGGAGUGUGGAACGCCGAAGUACCAUUUUCCGAGGCUUCAGUGCGAGAGUACCCAUCGCCUGUGAAAACACGCGGCUUUUCAGUUGCCAGGUGGAAGGCACUUGUGACAGUGUCCAUCAUUCCUGUUGAAUUGUGUCCACCGAGUGGUGGGGCGCCAUUGAUAAGCUUUAUCCUUGAUAGCACUUCGGUUGUGUCAAGGCGGGAAACAACAGGGGAGGCUUUCCUGGAGGCUCGAUCAGGGAUACAGCAGCUCUCUCUCUGGGAAUUUUCUUCGCAAUCGCAUGUUUCACUUUUACGGAAUCUGCUCUCUGUGCUGGUGGUUGCUCGCACGGAGGAUUUUUCUAGUGCGUCAUGUGACGUGUCUGUCUCCCCAUGUGAGCUUUCUCUCUCCAGCGAGCAAAUCAAGUGCGUUUUGUCCCUCUUGACAUUUAUGCAGGGCUGUGACGACGCUGAGACGGUGCCGUAUGCAGUGAGGCUGGAGAACUACCUGGGUGUAGAAGUGACGUUGCAGGAUGCGGCGGAUCAAU